AUGCUCCCCCAGGGCGCGCCGCCGACUGGUCGAGCUGGUCUCGUGGCGGGCCAGCAGGCGCAGGAGCCUCGAUCGCAGGACUUCGGGGAGGCCCCUGCGAGCCCGACAGGGCGCCUCGGCCUCGCGGAGGGGUUCGUGGGACACCUGGUCCUACGCGGCGAGGGUGCUGUCGGAGCCAGCUGUUCUGAGCGCCUUGACACAGGCUCGGAGGCCGGCCAGAGCAGAAUCGGGGGAGCAGGAGGAAGGAGAAGGAGGAGGAGGUGGGUGGGGGACGUUUUGACGGCGGCGUGGGCAUCAGCAGCGGCGGCGGCGGCACGCCCAAAGCGCAAGCGCAUUGGGCCAUGGCGCCGCGGCGGAGAGAACGGGCAGUGCCCCGCGUGGGCUCGCGCGGGCAGUGCCGUGCCGGGCCCAAGCAGGGGGCGAGCGGCGCUAGACCUCAGCUCGCCUCGCCCCCGUGGAGCCGCAGAGCGGAGAAGGGAGGGGAAAGGGCAGGAGAGGUACUGCAUUCGCGCCGCGCCAGAAAAAUUGAGCGCCUCCACUUCGAGGAGCUCCAGUACCGUCGCGCUGAGGACGGCGGGGGAGUUCCCCAGCACCACUUACACUGAGACGACGACAUGAUUGUCGUCUCGACACUUGUCUGCCGCCACUCGUCCGUCAACGAUUAAGGAGACGAGAAGAAGGGAAUCCGCCGAACCUGUCGGCGUGUGGAAACAGCACGAGGAACAUGCAUAGAACGAGGACGAAUGCGACCAGGAAGCCUGGGCCGCGAAUGAUGAUCGCAAUGCCUCGUCAGGAGGGACAGGAGGAAAGGUGUUGUGCAGUGCACCACACAUCGGCCGACGUCGACCGAAGGAAGGGUAGGAAGAGGACGGGGGACGAGCGCAGAGGGAGAACGAGAGCCCGGGGCGUCGCAGGCGCCAGAAGAGUCCCAAAAUGUCUCACCGCGGACGCCUGGGCAACGUGCCAGCCGUGCACAGCACAUCGUGCGACACGAAGCCCCAAGCUGGUGCACCUGAAGCGACGCGAAGCCCUGCCCAGUCAUGGGCGCCACGGCUCUGAGAGGAGCAGAGUGGAGGAACAAAGUGUUGCUGCGCCGUGCACUGCAACAUCAGGCGAAGGCCCCUGCUAUUAGAAGCAAGCGAUAUGUGAUCAGAACGCCUUUCAAAAUCGCGGGCCACACUGGUCUCGUGUAAGUACGCUGUUUAGCAGAUGGACUAAAAUUUGAAAAGACCGCCUGGCCUUAUGGGGUGAGCGCACGAGGAGAACCGCGGGCCACGCGCAGCCGAGGGCAGGGUGUGGCAUUCACCGCGGAGGCACAGAGAGGGGAGGCCUCGGGCCGCGGAAGACUGAAGGCAAGAUGCGGCGCUCACCACGGACCGCGGAGGGGAGAGACGCACGAUGGGGCCCGCCUGGGGUGUGGGGACCUGGGACAACCGAAGGCGCGAUGCCGGCACUCGACCCCGCCCCGCCCUCCCCACCCCACCUUGCAACGACCGGGGACCAUACAUCUAUCAACUGAGCAGGGAAAUUAAUUACACGACAAAGGCGAAGCCAAGGCAAGCCUAUGGCAGCUUCGCUCCAACUGCUGAAAUCGAUCUCAAUGAGAAAAAAGCCGACUGUGUUGGCAAUGCGCUCUAAGUGUGUCGGCGUGAAUCGGUUCUGCGCGAUUCGUCUCAGCAGCUUGCGAUCAUACUUUGAGGCAAAUCGCGCCGAGAGCCGCCGAUAGAAUGCUUCAAAAGCCGCCGCCUGGUGUGGUCUCGAAGGCCGGCAAGCUACACAGCGGGCACCUGCCAUGGGAGCUGCUCCGAAGCCACUUGUACAUACACUCCGCAUGCGGUGUGAACCGUGGCGGCAGCGCAACUGCACCACGUUCUCGUCCGCCUGAAAGGCCUCCAAGCAGAUGCAGCACUCUCCUCAUCCACUCCGUACAGCGAGCUGCCGACCGAGCGGCGGAUGGGAAGCGCGACCACGCCCGCCUCCGGCCAGGCGCCGCAGCAGCCU